AUGUCGUCUGUCUGGGCCCGGCUGCUCAUUGCUAUCGUGAAGGCCUUUGACAUUCUCGCUGGACCCAAGGUCUGGCCUACGGCAGAGAACUGCGACUCGGAGUCAAGCCUGGCCUCCCCAUUUCAAGACGUCGGCUAUGUGGAGACAUGGGCAGAUCCGUUUCCUGGGACGAAGGCCCUGUUUGGAUUACACGGCCAAGUCUUGAGCGUGGGGAGGAGAGACUGUUUGUCGAACGGAUCCAACUACUGCUUCGGUAACAACGUCGACUUCUGUCCCGACUGUGGGAACUGCUGCAUUGAGGGGAAGCACUGCUGUGGGCGAGGAGAUCUGUGCUGCGGAUCCGGUUGUUGUUCCAGUGACCAGACCUGCUCUCAGGGGAAAUGCCUCUCCGCUCUAGGUCGUCAGAUUGACAAGUCGAGAAGGCUGGCUGUGACUGUUACGUCGACCAUCGUUGAAACGACGACGCACAUCGCAACACAGCGGGCAACCAUAGUGGUGGCCCGGAUCGAAACGUCGACUGCCAUCUCGAUAGUUGAUGUCACCAUCUCCAGUGCUGCAACCCAGACCGAUGUUUUCUGGGUAAGCGUCACAACAGUUGCGGAGCAGGUUGUUCCCAGGCAGGAGCUGCCCCAGCAAAGCGAAGGGAGCGGCAGUAGUCUUGCGUUCCGGACGUCUCAGGGCAAGAGACUGCCCCAUGGCAUCAGCAACAUUACCCCUAUUCCACGGCAGGCAGCCCAGGAUUCGACCCCGACGGUGACCAGCUAUGUCACCCAGACCACAGAUAUAACCAGCAUAUCCUCUACCAGGGUGACCGUCUCGACAACCUCCACCGUCGUAACCACCCUCUACCAAACCAACACGCGCGUCGUCAACGCGCAAACAACAAUAUCCACCACCUCAACCCUAACACUCACCUCCCACCCGCCAACAACCCGCACAGUCACAAGCACAGCAAGCCUGAUUCCUCCCCCAUCACACUCUCCGUCCCCCACCCCAACAUCAUCAUCACGACCACCCCCACCAUCGCUAUCAUCAGGCACCAUAGCCGGCCUCGCAGCGGGUGGUUCCAUACUGGGCCUGCUGCUGGCAGCUUUUGUAGUCCUCUCCGUCGUUCGCCGGCGCCGGCGCCGCUACCGCUACCGCUUCCGCUUCGGCUACCAUCGCCACAGCCACAGCCACACGCACAGCAGCAGCAGUGACUACCAUGACUCGUACUUGUACCGCGACGAUAAUGGCAAUGACAUGCAGCUUGAGCCCACCCUGCCGCCGCUCCCGGCACAUUUUGGACCGGCUGCGCCAGCGGGCCACCACGCGCUGCCUUUUCAGUUGCCUGUCACGGUAGGGGCGACGGCUCAUCAUGCCCAACACGAGCGAGGCCGGGGGCGGGGGCGGGGGCGGGGUCGGGGUCAGUGGGUUGGUGGUGGUGAGAAUCAGGGGUUCAUCAGGGGGGUGGGGAUGAAGGAGGGUGAGGAGAUGGGGAUGGGGGUGGGUGUCAUAAGCAUUGGGAUUGCCGAGGUGGCGGGGGCGGAUUCCAUGCCAAUUGAAUUGGAGGCUUCGUCGGGUUUGUCGCGGCAGGCUGGUGGUUCGGUUGGUGUACGGGCUGUCGAUGGACACGGGCACCGGCACGGGCAUGGGCAAAGAGAAGGGAGGAGGUUGGGCGAGUUGGAAGGCGAUGGGGGCGUCAUUGCUGAGGUGUCUGGGGAUGGCGUCGAUGUCUGUGGGAGGCGGGAUCGGGGUGGGUUUAUGUUCAAGAAGUGAUGGGACCGAUCUCUAUCGUGAAUCGUGAUGCCCUCCUGGGUUGAUGCCAUCAUAUCUGGGAGCGGUCGAUUAGUCAGAGAAUUGAAAGGGAAGGCUCAUCUGAUCUAUGAUGUGCUAUACCGUCUGGAUGAAGGGGUGAAGAAUUCGGAUAACCGUCAUGGUAGUGCGGGCGAACAACAUCGCAAAGGGGUAGAUAGUGUUGCUAACUGGAACGGUGCAGGCAGGACAGUAGUCAAGCCAUGACUCGAGGAUAGCAUGCUCACUCAGGUACCACCGGACUUGGUUAUGAAAACCAAGAUCAGUUGCCCUGGUAGCCUCCAGCACCUACGUUAUGUAUACUUUCCGAGCUGACCGAGCUGCGCUCAUCAAACGACAUAUUCAC